AUGAAGACUUCUGUCUUAGACACACUCAAAACAAAGACAGAACGAGCUGUCAACGCAGCCGUCAACGCAAUGGACAAACAAGAUUGUUCAGAAGCAGAGUUUGCAAACACAAACUUGAAGUUACUUGAUGAGUACGAAUACUACACAAGAAAGACCAAAAGCAUCACCAAUAAGAUCCUUGACGCAUUCCAAAUCGUCAUCGACCAAAUUGGAAAUCUGUCCGAAUUACAAAGAAACUUUCAUUCACAAAGAGAUGUCUUGCCAGUCCAAAAGGAUGAAACGACACUUCAAAUCAACUUCUUACUCUUCACACAAGGCAAUUUCACAGCUCUUAAAGAAGAAAUGUCAAAGUGUGUUGUCAAACAAGCCGAACAAUUGCUCAAAGAGAUUGGAGACGUGAAACAAAACUUCACAAAGAACAUGCGGAAGCCUGUGGACACUUUAGAAUCGAUGGUGGUCAUGCGAUAUCAGUUGUCGAGACUUUUCAAUUCAAGGACUUUUAUUAUGCAGACACAACCGUAUAAGAUCUACCAAAUGUUUAAUAACAACAUCAACAGCUUCUAUGCAACCAACCAGAAUUUGAAUGGGUUCAUCGACAACAUAGAAACAAAUGAAGCCGUGAUACCAACAAUUCAAAUGAAAUGCGUGCCUUAUGUUGGAAAGACUUUAGGCGAAAUUUUGGACUUGGAGAGGAGGAAAAGAAAUGAGAUACCAAAGGUCAUCGAAGAGAUGAUCAGUUUGAUUGAAAACAAGUUCAUCGAACGUCAAGGACUCUUUAGAACAGCAGCUUCUUUGAAACAAGUCAGUGAAUUGUACCACAGACUCUCGGUGUCAAAUUUGAACGAGUUCCCCUGUGAGACUAUCGCAAACACUUUGAAACGAUUUACAAGAGAAUUACCAGGAAUGAUGUUUUGUAAUUCUCUUGCUCGAGACAUGCUCUCGGUAUACAAGAAAUCAACAGAGCGGAUGGAGCGUAUUGAUGAGUUGGCACACUUGUUCUCAACACAACGGUGGAUUCCCGAGGAGAAAAUCACAUUUUUCAAAGCACUGUGUUUAAUGUGUCACCAUGUGGCUCAAAAUUCAGAGAAGAACUUGAUGGGCGAAAAGAACUUGGCUGUCUGUUGGACACCAACACUGUUUUCUGUUGCAAGCGAUGAUAUUGGGGAGUACUUGGAAAUGAUGACUUUCAUUAUCACAGAGGCAGACACGAUAUUUGCAGACACCCGAUUCAAUUACUCGAAGAACGUCACAACAACCGUCAGAGGGAGAAAUUUAAAUACUACACAACCCGAGAUGUUGUGCACCGUGCCGACAUCGAUGAUCCCAAAAGUACCUUCCCAACAAGAAAAAAUACCAAAAAUGACGUCUGAAGGCGCGUCACCUAUUUUUUCACCUUCAUCGAUUCCUGCGUUGAGUCCGAGAAAUAACUUGGACCCCGUCAAUCGUUAUGCUAUUAAACCACAAAGACCAUUAACCAUGCUCCCACCUUCCGCACCACCCCCCAAGGCUCCUAAAUAUAAACCACAACAAAGAGAUGACUUAAACUCGGGCUUCCUCUUAGAGGAUUUGUAG